AUGGCUGAAGAAAUCGUAGGGAAGGCUUUCAAAGUUAAAGAUGAUCAAAUAUCUGUCUUAGAUUCCCCAUCUUCUUUUAAAGAUUCACUAAAUUCUAUAUUGCUUAAUGCUAAAAGAAGGAUAUAUAUCUCCUCAUUAUAUACUGAUACUGAAAAUGAGAUCACCAAAACACUGUGUAAAGUGGCAGAAAAUUUAGAGAAAAAUAGCAAUAAUGAUUUAAAAAUUAAACUAAUUUUAGACUACAAUAGAAUGACAAGAGAAUGUGAGAAAGUAAAACCAUAUAUUAAGGUCUUUAAAAAAUAUCCAAACUCGGUAGUAAUUUCACUAUGCAAAAUCCCGAUAAUUAAUUACUCAGAAAAUUUAUUGGGAAGAACCUCAUGGAACAUAAUAAAUAUUUUAUCCAAGUUUAGAAGAACAUCAUUUCUCAAGGAGGUACUUGGAGUGUACCAUAUCAAAAUAUUCUUGGCAGAUGACGACAUAAUCAUCACUAGUGCAAAUUUAAAUUCUGAGUAUUUGUUAAAUAAACAAGAUAGAUAUAUUAUGAUUAAAGGUGCAAAAAAAAUAUGUGACUACUUUGAGCAAUCAUUGGAUUUAAUAUCAGAGUAUUCACAUAGAGUUCUACCAGAAGGGAAAAUAUUGCAACCACAAAAACCACAAUUUAAUGAAUUAAAAAAAGACUUAAUGGAACUGAGUAGUGGUGUAGACCUACACAAUCAAAUAACAUCAAAGAUUAAGAUGAAAUUGGAUGAUGCAGAUAUUUCGGAUGAGUGUGUUUUAGCAUCCUAUUUUCAAUGCCGUCCAAUUAAAAUUGCAUCUGAAGAACAAAUUAUUACAAACAUCUCCCAGCUUUGUGAUAAAAAAAGUACAAAUGUAUUUCUCAUGGCUCCUUAUCUGAAUCUUCCUAAAUACCUAAUUUCGUUGCUUAAAAAUAUAGAGGGGUCAAUAAACAUAGUAUCCGGAGUUCCUAUCACAAAAUCUGACAAGAAGAAUAAAAUUGAAAAGAAGACAUCACUGGAAAGAAUCAGAACUUUGAUUCUUCCAAAACUAUACACUUACAUAAAUUAUUCACUUAUUAAACAGCUGGGCACACAAGAAAAAGGAAAUAUUAGUUAUCAUGAAUAUAAAAAACCAAAUUGGUCAUUCCACUUUAAAGGUAUAUAUUUUUUCAGAAAUUCAAGUAAAUUUGAUCCUUCUGAAUCAGGUUUGCAAAAUCAAGGAUCAAUCAUAGCCACUGCAUUCGGAAGCUCUAACUACAACUAUAGAAGUACUAAUCGAGAUUUUGAGUGCUCAUUCGUUUUAAUACCUAACCAAAACAAAGAGCUUCAAAAAUCGCUAAAAAAUGAAUUGGCAAAUAUAAUGAAUACAACUGUGAAAGAGUACGCGCCAAAAAUCACUUGGAGACGUUUAUUUAUAAUGAAGGUAAUCAAAAUAUUUCAAGAAUAUUUGUAG